AUGCUGGGAGUUAAUCGCUCAGCAGUGUCUGAGUUCAUCCUCAUUGGCUUCUCCACCUUCCCCCACCUUCAGCUGAUGUUCUUCCUGCUGUUCCUGCUGAUGUACCUGUUCACUCUACUGGGGAAUCUGCUCAUCAUGGCCACCAUCUGGAGCAAGCGCAGCCUCCACACGCCCAUGUACCUCUUCCUGUGUGCCCUCUCUAUCUCUGAGAUCCUCUACACCUUCGCCAUCAUCCCACGCGUGCUGGUCGACCUGCUCUCCACCCGCCAUGCCAUUGCCUUUGUGGCCUGUGCCAGCCAGAUGUUCUUCUCCUUCAUGUUUGGUUUCACCCACUCCUUCCUACUCACUGUCAUGGGCUAUGACCGCUACAUGGCUAUCUGCCACCCCCUUCGCUAUAACGUCCUCAUGAGCCCCCAGGGCUGUGCCUGCCUGGUGGUCUGGUCCUGGGCUGGGGGCUCUGUCAUGGGGAUGGUGGUGACGAUAGCCAUUUUCAACCUCACCUUCUGUGGGCCCAAUAAGAUCCACCAUUUUGCUUGCCAUGUGCCACCACUGCUGAAGUUGGCUUGCGGAAAUGAUGUGCCAGCUGUGGCAAAGGGUGUGGGCCUCACGUGCAUCACAGCCCUGAUGGGCUGCUGUCUUCUCAUCCUCCUCUCCUAUGCCUUCAUUGUGGCCACCAUCUUGAAAAUCCCCUCUGCUGAGGGUCGGCACAAAGCCUUCUCUACCUGAGCUUCCCACCUCACUGUGGUCAUUGUGCACUACAGCUUCGCCUCUGUCAUCUACCUCAAGCCCAAGGGUCCCCAGUCUCUGGAAGGAGACACCCUCAUGGGCAUCACAUACACAGUCCUCACGCCCUUCCUCAGCCCCAUCAUCUUCAGCCUCAGAAACAAGGAGCUGAAGAAUGCCAUGAACAAGACCUUCCUCAGCAAACUCAGCCCAGACAAAUUGUGA